AUGAUGGUUCUUCACGCCUCUCUACUUUGCUCUUACUUUUUUCCAUCUGCAACGCGCAUCUAUAUCAGAACUUCAUUUCAACCGUUCAACCGUUUUCUUUUUUCUUCGCGGACUGAUACAUCCAUUAAUUUGCAUAGGCGCAUAAUAUUUUUCGUAGACUGGCUCAUGGGUAGGUAUAGGAUUUGGGAUACGGUGUCAAAUGUGAUGGAUUUCCUAACAGAAUGGGUAACUUCCCUUGGCACUUGUGAUAAUUUAUUGACCUUCCCGAGACCGAGGACAGGAAAGUUAUUUCAGAGGUCGAGCGCUUGCGCUAGGGUUCCGCCCCCUCAGGGGGCACAAUGUCGAUGUUAA